AUGCCAGGAUCGGCUCAAGAGAGGCCUCGAGCGCAACGGCUCACCGACAUCGAGCCGCAAGCUGCAAAGGGAUUAGGAUGUAAUCGGACGGACGAUUUCAGCACGCCGGUCAGUUCUGGCAGCAACAUGGGCAGUAUCGCACGGUUCCCGAAAUUGGACGAGUGCGCCCACUUUCAUUACGAACACGUCGAGCUCAGUUCCUUGGAGGUUUCACUUAGCGAAGGUUCCAAUGAUUCCGACAGCUACGCGGUCAGAGUCACAUCCGGUGAUGCAUGCUGGACCCUCCAACGAUCUUAUGAUAAUUUUGUUAUGUUUGACAAGCAAUUGCAUCGCUGCAUAUUUGACAGGAAGUACUCCUCGUUGACCAAGCUUCCAGAUACUCGGCCGAAAACCACCUGUGAUAUACUGAGGGACUAUUUAAAUCGGUUCUCACAGUUAAAUCAUGAAGGCCUAAAUUGCGGUCCUGUGUUAAAUUGGUUGCAGCUAGAUAAUAGAGGAAGAAGAAUCCUCGUCCCAGAGUCAGAUUCAUGCCCCAUUAACACGCCCGCGGUAGCCGCGGCUUAUGCAGUUAGACCGUACGUGGCCCAGGCGCCGGAUGAAAUCUCGUUCCAGGUUGGAGACAUGAUCUCUGUAAUAGACAUGCCUCCAUCAGGGGAAAGCACAUGGUGGCGCGGAAAGCACGGUUUCGCAGUGGGAUUCUUUCCAGCUGAGUGUGUGGCCGUGAUAGGGGAUAAGGUUCCUCGACACUUGACCGUGUCGACGACAGUCAGAUCGAAGUUACCCGUGAAACCGGUGUUCAGGAAGCACGGGAAGCUGAUCGCCUUUUUCAGAUCGUUUAUACUGAAUAGACCAUCUAGGAGGCGACUGAAGCAGUCGGGAAUUUUGAAGGAACGCGUGUUUGGUUGUGAUCUAGGGGAACAUCUGUUAAAUUCGGGACAAGAUGUGCCUACCGUUUUAACAUGUUGCGCCGAAUUCAUCGAGAAUCAUGGGCUGGUCGACGGCAUAUACCGUCUGAGCGGCGUGACGUCGAACAUUCAACGAUUACGAAACGCGUUCGACGAGGAUCGUGUUCCUGCAUUGCAUUCCGAUGAAAGUAUUUUACAGGACAUCCACUCGGUGGCGUCCCUAUUGAAAAUGUACUUCAGAGAGCUACCGAAUCCACUCUGUACAUACCAGCUUUAUUCUACUUUCGUUAGCGCGGUUCAGGCUAACACUGACGCGGAGAGGUUAAGGCGGAUGAGGGAUACCGUUAGGAAAUUACCACCACCUCACUACAGAACUUUAGAAUAUCUUAUGCGCCAUUUAGUCAGAGUCGCAGCCCGCGGCACGGAGACCGGUAUGACGCCACGGAACAUCGCCAUAGUUUGGGCUCCGAAUCUGCUGAGGUGCAAGGAACUGGAAGUGGGCGGCGUGGCGGCGCUCCAGGGGGUCGGUGUGCAGGCGGUGGUCACGGAGUUUUUAGUUUGUUACGCGGAAUUAAUAUUCGGGGACGGUCCGGUCGGACGGCCGAAAUCGUUGGCCAUUACGACACCCGCAAGAUUACUAAGCCUGGAGGAGGCACGGAACCGAAGUCUGAGGGGCGAGCCGGAUUACAUAGAAGUGGGCGCCGGUCCAGCUGGGUUAUCAUUACAGUACCACACGGUCAUAGAGCUGCCGCGAAAGAGAAACGGCUCGAAACGUUCGCCCUCGUUGAACUGGAGGGCUUUGUUCGGUCGGGGUGGUCUGGGUGCCAGGGGGAAACCGCGACAGGUUGGCACGCCACCUCAAACAGAAACGGUGCCAAGUUCCUUAAAUUCGUUGCGACGAUUGAGACCGGUGAAGAGCGCCGACAGUUUGGAUGGCGAGGACAGUCUCGGUCCUCUGUUGGGACCACCACCAGCCAGACCGUGCGGACACAGUCGUUCGGUGUCGCACGACUCGUAUUUCGAUCAUUUGGCGGACGCGCCGAACCCGACGUCGCCCUUGGACCUUUCCGAGAUACAACUUAACUUCGAUCUGGAGGAACGGGAAAUGAGAAUGUUCUCCGAGGAGGAGAGCGGAGGCGUAGCAUCGGUCGAGGCAUCCCCGAGACGGCAGAGACUGGAAGGGGCUCAGAACACUGCUAACACCGGUGGAUCAAAGAGAAAAAGGUCGAGACUGGAGGAAAGACUGCAAUGCGACGUCGAAUUGCGCUUCAUUGAUAGCCAAAGUCCUGAUCAGGUGAUGGUAUCCGCAGACGUGCACAGUAUGGACACCCCAUCCUCUCUACCCACGCCAGGGUACCUUCCAUUGUUAUCCGAAGCAUCGACGCCACUUACCCCAGCCACAUUGCACGGCACCCCGCAUUCUACAUCACCCAUCCCAGCCAACAGUCCUAGGAUAAGUUUCCGAAGCUUCACAUUACCGUUAGAGAUCGAUGACGAGCAAAGCAACGCGAACAAACUGAACAGAACUAGCGUGUCUUCCGAUAAAUCAUCCGACCCUAGUCAUAGGUUAUCCAUAAACUUAGAAGGGCAGAGUAACGCUAAGUCCUGCGAGAGACUAAUGACGUACGAGAAACGCGUAGAUUUGUACGACGAGAAAGGGUCUUCCAAGGCUCAGAAGACGUCGAAAGAGUCGAACUUAGGAGUAUCAGACGUAGACCAGGAGAUGGUAUCUUGUGAUAGGCUAGUGUCCCACUCUAGUGACAUAGAAUCGAAUAAGAGAACGUCCCCCUGCAAGGACGCCGGGAACAGAUCGAGCGCGUGUCCGACCGACGAGAGCAAAUCGUCCAACAGCGACAACAGAGACGCAUUGGAUGUACGAAAAAAUAAUGCUUCGAGUAAAUCUGUUGGUUCCCAGAACGACGGUAAUCUGGCUGGAAAUUGUAACGCACACAGAAAUGAAAUGCAAAGUAUGCCUUUGUCGAGUGCCACUGAUCUCGAUUCCCCGAUGUCCUACGAGCAGACCAUCGAUGAUCUGCCAGACUCCGGCUUUGUAAUCUAUGAUAGCUCUGACAAGAUGUUCACUACAACCGAAACACCGCAGAUGGCAUCGACCACCAAUGAUUCCGGUGAAUGGGUGAUAGUCGAAAGAACCAGCUCUAUCACAACGCCUACCAGUGAUUCGAGCAGUCCCAAGGAUCCUCUGGAGGGGACAGUGAAUCGCGCAAUAGCGACGGAAGCGCCGCAGCUGAGAUCAAUGUCGGAGAACGUCUCUAGGACCUCUCUGGAUUUUACUAUGGGCUCGACCGUGGACACCGACACGUCUUGCAUCGGUGUCAGCGACUUGACUGAAAGUCCAAUCCUCCCUCAGGAGUCUGGAGAGAUGACCUUCGACGUUACCGAUAGGGAACUCGAUGAACACAAUGGUACCGCUCAGAGGACAUCCAGAGGCUUCGAUGGUCAAGCGAAUUUCGGUUUGGUCGAGUCUGGGAACAAUUACUCGAAUAUCUCUUCGAUACACGACCAGGACAACGGAAAUCAGAAGAUUUGCACCGUCAGUAUCACGGACAUCCGUUUGAAUCAGAAACCCAACAACAUGGAACACGAGGUAUCCACGUGUUACACGCAGUUGGACAAUACGAAGUCAUUGAACAGAAACGAUAACCCCGUGAAGGAUGAAGUCCGCAGGGACGAAAUGUUCGAGGACACUCAACGAACUUCGAGAAACAUGGACUUCCUGCAGCAAGACGUCCGACGUUCCCUGCAGCUGCACCACAAGCCCCAGUUUACGGGCGAGCGACGUUCAUUCUCGAGCCAAUCGAACAGGAAGGAUCUCGAUCUAUCUCUCACCGACAAUAACAAACAACGUUGCCCGAAUCAGAAGCCGGAAAAGUGCCAAAGCUUCGAGUACGUCUCACCAAAGGAAUCAGCUCAGAACAGUCAACAGCACAAACAGUAUCAACACGCCGACGAGAAUUCGAAAUGCAACAGUCUGAAGAGUACCCAGCCGCGGGAGCAUAUCGAGGUAAUACCGUCGGAGAACGCUACGGAGCCCAGUGAAAUAGCACACUCGCCCGAGGGUGCAUCCGAGACCACGUCCUUGAACUCGUCCUGUACCUUCUCCAAUGCGUCCUCCCCAGUGGAUGAUUCCAUAGUCCUUCGAGACACCGCCGCGAUACUACAGGAACUAGCGUUACAGAGAUUGUCCGGUGGAAUGGUGGGCAGUGACCUGUCCGUUUCAACAAGAAGAAGAUUCGACACGGAGAGCAGCAAGGAUAGAAGAAGCUUCGAUUCGGAGAUAGGAAGGGAAAUUGUCAGGGAGCGCAAGAUGAGGCAGGAACUGGACACUGCUAGGGGAAAGUCAGAGGAACCUCCGGUAAAUACUCCGCAUCUGCCGCCAUGUUUGAGGGCGCGUCACGCAAGGGCCACCAGGGCGUCUUUGAGUCGAUCGUUAGAUGAAGCCAAGUUCAAUAAAAUGACCGAGGCAGCUUCGCUGCCUGUAAAGCAAGCCUGCGAGGACUCGCAGCACAGUUCCACGCCCAAUGUUGGGACUGCGUCGAACGCGUCGAAUAACUCCGAUAAGAUUAACCUGAAGAAUCUCGGCGGCUUGGACCUGGGUGAUCCCCAAUGCAGAGAGAGAAUAGAAAAGUACAAAGAGGAGAGGAGGACGUUCUUGAGGGACAAGUACAGGUCCGAAAGCUUCCGGGGAAUAUUGUCGAAGACGGAGGACGACGGGGAGCAAGCGCUUUUAGCUAGGUUAAAGCAGAGAGCGUCUAGGCCCUCCCUUCAUUGA